AUGCAUGUCGUAGUCGAAAAAGACUUGUAUUUCACCACCAAAAAGCACAUCGUUUUAGACAAAGACACCCAUCGUGUUGUGAAAUUUUAUCUUAUCAAGGACGAUUACUACUAUGGUGUUUUCAAAAACGAAACCGAGACUUUGAGCAAGCUUGUCCAUCCAAACAUUGUUUCAUUUUUGGGCACUGUGAUGACGCCGACUCUUGGGAUUGUAAUGGAGUAUUGUGAAAGAGGACCAAUAUCCAAAAUCAUCUUUCAACAAGAAUUUGAAUAUUCGUUACGAACUAUUUUAUGGUGGGCCGAACAACUAUUCCGAGCGAUUUGCUAUCUUUCUGAACGUGACAUUGUACAUGCAAAUAUCAACCAUGAAAACACUUUGGCGACUGGAAGCUUUGGUCUUAAACUCGCUGGUUUUGGCAACUCUAGACGAGAAGGAGAGCCAAAAAAUGAUCCAAUAACAAGUGCUAGCGAUGUCUACAGUGCUGUUAUUUUAAUUUGGGAAAUUGUUGAGAAAAGUGAAGCCCAAUUUGAUGAUGAGGAGCUAAAACACCGCCCUUUCGCAGCGAAAUUUUCCCACAUUAAAGAUAUUCCACUUAAGGAGCCAAGUCUUUUUGAGAAACUUCAAAAUGGAACUCAAUUGGAAGCAAAAGAUCGGACUCCAGUUUUUGCCGCUUUGUUGACAACGAAAGAUUUGCGAAAACAACACACAGAAUGGCUUAAAUUGAAGAAUGGUGAAAAUCUAUGUGAAUUGUGCUUGAAAAGUUACGUGCAUGAUAAUCAAAUGGUGUCUACUCCAAAAAUCAGAAAAGUGACACCAAUGGUUAAAUUAGGGUUUUUCAAUUUAAAACCCAUCAUUGCCGAUUCAAAGAUGAGCGGAAAUUCUCGAGAAAUCGUUUUCUGCAGAAGGAUUUACACACAAAAUCCGAACAUAAAUCAGCCUCCAAUCUGGAAAAUCUUUGAAGGAACAACGCUGAUGCCAAUCAAUUAUGAGCCCGAUUUGGAUGAUAAGCACUUUCGAGAUGAGCGAAUUCCCAAACAUUGUUUUCAUGAGCUCGCUCCCAGAUCGCAAGCCAUUGUCAUAGCCGCGUCGUUCAUCAAGAAAAUUGGCCAAAAGGACGAAUCGAGAGAGAGAGUAGCUGCAAAGAGAUUCGACAUUGCCGAGUUGAAACGAAACGCGAAACAGAGCGACAAACAUCAAGGAUUCACGUUUCUCCUCCGCGAACUUCAAAACACCCAAUUUUUAGUGCAUCCGAAUAUUGUCGAGAUGAAAGACUCUUUUUACGAGAGUUUUCCCAACGGAAGACCCGGCUAUGUAUGGCUGGUCACCGAACGAAUGGACUGUAGUUUGGAGUUCUAUUUCGAGCGUUUGUCAAAACAAGACAACGAUGAGAAGAAGGGGCCAAUUCUACGCGAGCAUCGAUAUUUGGCUUCUCUUCUCGUGCAGCUGCUCAGAGCUUUGGAUUUCUUGCACUUGCGAGGGAUCAUGCAUCGGGAUGUGACGCCGAAGAAUAUUGGACUGAAUCGGAAAGAUUUUGUGAUUAAAUUGCUCGAUUACGGGGUAUCUGAACAAACGAAUUCGCAAAGAGAUCACACGAAAAUUGUCCCAACUCCGUUGAUCUACCAGCCAUUGGAGGUGAUCCUGGGACUGGGAUAUGACUGUGGAGUGGACGUUUGGGCGGUUGGGUUGAUCGCUUUCAGGAUGUUGGGAACGAAAUUGAUGUAUCCGACCGAUAUGAAAAGAGAGGAUAAAGUCAAACAAAGAAUUCUCGACGUGGUCGGUCUCCCGACGAAUAAAUAUGAAGAUAUAUUCGGAGAGAGUCUAUUGAACGAGGAGUGCCGUCCAUCGACUCUCAAUAAAGAAUUCGAGCGAGCGUUUUCUCGAUUGACAAGGGAUUUGGACCAAUUGAACAGAGGAAAUCUACGAAAUCUGCUAGAGAAUCUCCUAUCGGUGAAUCCACAGAAGAGGAUGGAACCCUCAAUUUGCCUUAACCAUUCCUAUCUUCAAGUGUUGAAUAAUUGCCUUUGCCCUUUGCCAACAGCCGAUCAAAUAAAAGAGAAAAACGAGAGAGACGAGGAUCGAUUGACGCAAUUGUUGGAGAUAUUCUGGAGGAAAAUU